CCUUUUUAAAGGAGUAUCGAUACUAUCGACUUUGUCAUAAAUUGUUUACCAGCGCUACGCCGACUUCGCGAUAUAUUAAAUAUAGAAGUAAUUGCCGAAUGUAAUAGAAGUCGACACAAAAUGAAAAUGAAACUUAUAGAUCCUGUUGUAAGGAGUUUAAAGGUGGCCAAAGUUUUUAGAGAAAAUACAGACAAAAUCAAUGCUAUUGACUUUUCACCAAACGGAGAACAUUUAAUAUCAUGUAGUGAGGAUGACCAAAUUGUCAUAUACGACUGUGAAAAAGGAACUCAAUCAAGGACAGUUAAUUCGAAGAAAUAUGGCGUAGAUUUAAUACAUUUCACACAUGCAAACAACACUGCAAUACAUAGUUCCACUAAAGUAGAUGAUACUAUAAGGUACCUAAGUCUCCAUGACAACAAAUAUUUGCGAUACUUCCCGGGCCAUACCAAAAAAGUGAUAUCGCUCUGCAUCUCUCCAGUUGAAGAUACUUUUUUAUCAGGUUCGUUAGACAAGACCUUACGUCUAUGGGACUUGCGUUCUCCGAAUUGUCAAGGAUUGAUGCAUCUUUCAGGAAGACCGGUCGCGGCGUAUGAUCCAGAAGGUUUGAUUUUUGCAGCGGGCGUUAACUCGGAGAGUAUAAAAUUAUAUGAUUUAAGAUCAUUUGAUAAAGGUCCAUUUGUCACAUUUAAAUUAAAUCAAGAAAAAGAAUGUGAUUGGACGGGCUUAAAAUUUUCUAGAGAUGGAAAGACAAUACUUAUAAGCACUAAUGGUUCUAUAAUUCGAUUGAUUGAUGCCUUCCACGGAACGCCACUUCAGACCUUCACGGGCUAUCCAAAUACCAAAGGAAUUCCAAUUGAAGCCAGUUUCAGUCCAGAUUCACAAUUCAUAUUUUCCGGAAGUACAGAUGGUCGCGUUCAUGUUUGGAAUGCAGAUACCGGCUACAAAGUUUGUGUGCUAAAUGGCGAUCAUCCUGGUCCAGUGCAAUGUGUUCAGUUUAAUCCAAAAUACAUGUUAUUGGCUUCAGCAUGUACCAAUAUGGCAUUUUGGUUGCCUACAUCCGAAGAGGGAAUGUAGAAAUUAAAAUUUGGUGGCUCUUUGAUAUUCAGGUUUAUGUAAAUGUAUACUGACAAAUGUAUAAAAAUUUUCACAAUUUUAACUGCAAUUAAAAAAAGUAAUUAAAAAAAUCAGUUUGAAAA